GUCCCGUUCCCUGCUCAUAUCUCUGUUGUCACUUGCAGCCGUCCCAGAAAUCUGAUUCUCUCUCUCUCUCUCUCUCUCUCUGUGUAUGCAUAUGUUUGCAUAUAUACAAUCUUGGAAGUUGAAAGCAUUUACAAGGAUCCUCUUGGAUCGCGCAAAAAUGACCACUGUGAUAAUGAUACCAAUCGCUCCUCAGUUUCCCAUCUUCAUCAGUUAUCAUAAAGCAGUAGCCUCCGGAAGCAACAGCUUAUUCUUGAUGGGUUAAUGCUUCAUCUCUUUCUCUCUCUCCCUCCCUCCCUCCUGCGCAGGGACAGGGCCUACAGCACAGUGUUGAAGGUCCUGUUACUCCCAAGGAUGAAGGAUUAAUAUUUGGUGGUGAUAAAUUCCAAUUUUCACGGGGAGUUGGGUACCAAAAUGUCAAUUAUAGAAGAUUUCAAUUUGAACUCAAUGCCGGGAUAUGCCAGUUCUCUAAAAGAGGUUUUAAAGCAGACAAUGCUCAGCCAGGAGGUUAUAUUCAGAAAGCAGGUCCACGAACUCCACCGUCUUCAUAGGAUGCAAAAAUCCUUGAUGGAGGACUCCAUUUGGAAAGAGCUCAAUGGAUACAAUUUGUGGAAAAUGAGCACAGAAUCAACCUUAGGUCCAUUCACCAAUCCUAUACGAUAUUCAGCUCAGCCAGAAGAUAAAUCAUUUUCCAACAGUUCCAUGCUGGAAUCAACACGAUAUGCAAGCAAGGAUUUUCUUGGAGAGAAUAGUGACUACUCUAGACUUCAGCAGAGGUCUUUUGAUCUUCAACUUCCCGGUGAUCAGCUUGUCAAUCACGUUGGCAUGGACCUUUUACAGGAAAGAAAUGUUUGGAAUUUGAGGAAAUCCACAGAAUCAAACCAUCCAUUUGAUGACAAUACUGUAUCUUUUUUGGAGGAGGUGAAACUCACCCUGAGCUUUGGAGGGGACACUGGAAAAGUGGGCAUCAACAACAGUACUUGGCAUGAGAAAAAAAAACAGUCCACCUCCCAUCAUGUUAUUAACUUGGAGGAAUCAGCCAAUAUGGCAUCCUGUACGGACUCCGAAUCUUUAUCAACUCCAUGCUGUGCUGCACCGAUCACUAAAGAUAAGCAUAACUUGCGAGUUCCUGUCGAGUCAAACCAUGUCUCCAGAAAAACUAGUAUGAAGAAAGAUUUAUCUUCUGGGCUUACAUUGAGUUGCUCUACUGUAGAUAGUAGUGAAAGCUGUGAGGGACAAGACUCCUUCAAUCAAGGAUUAAAAGAACGAAAUGUUGAUGUUGCACACAACAGCAUAAGGACACCGUUAACUUGUUCUAAAGCAUUCGACUUGGACCUUAACAUAGUUCAGCUUGAUGACUCCCCUUACUUGGAUGAUUCUGUGGUGGCAUCUUCAUGUCUUUCAAUGGAUGGCCCAUCAGGUGCUUUUGAUGGACUAAUUGGCAAGUUGUGUGAGAACACUUGUCCUGCUGCAACUAAUUGGGGAAAGCCAAAUGUUAAUUGCCUCAAUGAGUCUUCCACUAUUCUAGAGCAAGAUAUUGCUGCCAAUCCCACCUUGCUUGUUCCUGUGAGCAGAAACAGUCAUUCAGAAUUCUGGGCUGAUUGUGCCCCAAUUAAAGGAAUAAAUCGAACUGAAGCUUGCUCUAUAGCUCUCAAGUCCAUGUCAGAACCAACAUCAGAAAAUUGUGAGUACCUUAACUGUGACCAUAGGAACAAUGAGAUUGGAAAUACAGACUCACUGUUGAAAUUUCCAAAAAGAAAUUACACAAAUGUUAUAACAGAAGAAGUAACUGAGAUACGUGAAGACAUAGUGCUUCCUAGUUCAUGUACAUAUGGAAGUAGCGUUGAAGAUGCAAAUACCAAAAAAUCUCUUUCUUCAUGCAUCUUUGAUUGCAUUACUAAUGAUAGUUCAAGUGGCGCAAAGACCAUGCAAUCUGGAACUGAUUUUGAAGGAUCAAAUAUUUCACUUUUGAAUCAGUACCGAAGAUCUCAGUCGUCUGAAUCAGGUGAGCAGGACUUAAGAUCAUCUGACAGCAGUGAACUGAAACAUCAAUGCUGCAACGAGAAGAAAGAGGAAUCAGCAGCAGAAGAUAUUCUGAUCCAAAAUGCAGCUGAAUCUCUUAUCCAUUUCUCAAUGAAAAGUUCAACUAGUGAUCAAGAUUGCAGUGCCAAGGCAGGAUCAAAUGGGAAUGAAGGUGAAGAGAGGGAUAUGCCGCAACAUUCCAUAGAUUCUUACGAGUCAAUUGUGCUGAAACUAACGGAAAACAGCGCCGAGGACUAUUGUGUUUCAUCAAAACACUUCGAAGUAAACGAAAUGGAUAAAAAGGAUUUUGGAAUUAAGUUGAAAAGAGGGAGGAGGCUAAAAGAUUUUCAUAGAGACGUGCUUCCCAGUCUAGCGUCUCUUUCAAGCCAUGAGAUCCGCGAGGAUGUAAGUGUCAUGCAAGCGGUAAUUAGGUCAAGAGAGUACAAAAGAAUGAGAUCCAAGAUGGCUAAUAUAGGUGGAAACUUGUCUGCACCUGUCAAAAGCCGGAGGUCGAGACUCACUUAUGUGGCAAGGCGAUAUUAUUCAUGACAAAUCAUUGAGAGUUAUUAGCAGCGACUUUGCAAGUAGAUUCUAUCUGAUACUAGACGAGUUAUUAUGACAGCUAUAUUUAUUCAUUGUCUUCUUGGAAGUAACUUGGAUGCAGUUACGAUGAAUGCUGAAGCUAAAACGAUUCUACAGUUUUCAUGUUUUUGUUUUC